AUGCGAAGCUACGGAGACUUACUCGAGUACCGCAUCGCGUACACCGAGUUACGGGCAACCGUGACUUUGGUGUACGGCGACGCGGUUGAGAAGACGAAGAGGAUGUCUGGUAAAAUCGAAUUGUGCCGAAAUGAAGAGCUCAAGACCAUUUCCCGGAAGAGUGACUCUUACUGUGGAUCCUUGCAACAUCAGUCAAGCAGCAGUCCCAGCAGUCUAAGUAUAACGUGCAGUAGUAUGGAUUAUCAGCCUUCCACUUCUGGUUACAGUAGUGACAUGGCCUAUUGCGCCUUGCAGAAGAUUAAGAAGAAGGAAAAGGUUAAACAGUACCUCAAGGAACUGAGAUCGAUGAUUCCGAAUGAAUUGGGCAAUAAGCGAAAGUUUGGAACUCUGUCCACGCUUCAGCACGUUCUCAACAGCAUGCGGAAGAUAAAAGAAGAGCCAUCAAAGCGAGUAACGGAUGACGAAAUGUCCCAAGUGAAUGUCACAGAUACAAUCAUCAGAGAACCCUUAACUACAGAGAGAAAGAUCAAGUUAUGGAUAGCUGUGUCCAUGAAUGAUCACAAAAUCCAAGAGGUGUCUCCGAUUCUGAUGCAACUGCUUCUCUACCCCAAGUUAUAUUGUAUCACUGAAUCAAGUGCUGACCAAAGAAGUGAAGCUAAAGCGACACCCAAGAGAAGUUUCUGCGUUCGAAUCAGCCUCAACAGUAGCUUUAGUCUGGAGAGUCCGUCCAUAUACCAGUCAUUUGAGAUGAAGGCGAUUUACCGCCCCCAGGACAAAGCGACCAAGACAGAUGGACUACAAGACAGAAGACUCUUCCACUGGGAAUGUCUUCCACUCCACUCGCCGUAUCAAGAAGAUGGAUGUCUUCCUGACAAGGUGACCUUCACAACUCGACAUUCUCGACACUGUCAGUUCAGCCACGUGCACUCAAACGCUAUUCACUUGCUGGGUUAUUUGCCACAAGAUAUCAAUGAGAAGCCAAUCUUUGAUUUCUACCAUCCCAGCGAUUUGGUCAAACUCUACGAAGUCCAUCAGGAAGUCCUGAAGUGUAAGGGUGACCCCUUUGACAGUCCCCCCAUGAGAAUGAAGGCCCACAAUGGCGACUAUGUUGAAGUGCAGACCAAGUGGUCCACCUUCCUCAAUCCAUGGAGUAAACAACUUGAAUUUGUCAUUGGACACCAUACCGUCAUCAAAGGACCGGAAAACAUCGAUGUGUUUGCAGAACCUAAAGUUUUGAAGAUGCCUCUGAAUCCGAACACACACGAAUCACAACAGAAGAUGCACGCCUUGAUCAGAAACCUGCUCGUACAGCCUAAAGAGAUGGGCGCCCCGAGUACGUGUUCUCCUCCCCCUCGAAAGAAGCCAACGCCCGAACCUGUGACAGAUCUCAAGGAAGAAUUACAGCAGAUCAAGAUAGAUAGCGCCAACUUACGGGACGCCAAGGAAUCGAUGAAGCCUCACGUUAUCUACGAGAAGGAGGUUAAGGUAGAGAAGGCGACUCGAGAUAUUUCCGCCAUGUACAAUCAGCUCAACUACUCCCACAACAUCAAACGGUAUCUCAUGAGCCAGACCGUUAGCGCAUCGACCGGACACGAGUUUGGCAUGGACCUCUUCUACGGCGACCCCAUCACCAGUGCAGGUAUCACUAAAGACAUCGUGAACUUGUCGGUUCCGAAACCCCCAAGUUUUGGAAGCAGUACUAUGGUCCGUGUUUCUGAGCACCACGAGGACAACCUGCCCGGUCAGCAGUUGGAGCAGGAACUCUUCCUUCCCCGGUGGACUCCGCAGGACGACGCCCCACACGUGAUGCUGACGGAAGCGGCGCUACGGAAACACACGAAGCUCCAAGAACGCCUACUCUGCGAGCAGGCCGAGAAGGACAAGAACAUGUUCGGGAUGAACAAAUCGAGGGCGAUCAGCUCGCACCAGAACAAUCUCAAACGAAUGCACUGCGGCGCGAACAGCGAGGCUGACGAUGAGCCGAUUGCCAAGCAGACGAACUGGGCCAUUCCGACGGCGGUGAACGCGACGAGUUCCAAGGUGCACAAGACGAUGCCGGGAGUGACGUCUAACGGCUUCACGCAGUUCCCUUACGUCAACUUCGACAUGGCGGCCGGCACGUGCUUCCUGAAGCCGCUCAUGAAGAGAGGCCCCCACAACAUCAUCCCUAUUCCAAAUGGGGCCAACCCGAACUGGAAUAUGCAGUGGCCCUGCUAUUCACAGACAGCCUCAGCUAUGCCAGGAGUGUACCAGUCAGUUCCCAGCCUGUAUCAGCCCUUCUCGUCACAGCUGUGCAUGGGUCUCAAUCUGAUGAAGGCUCCUGGGCCGCAGAGUCAAUUCUCGGACAUCAGACGAUCGUCUUCAGAAGAGUGCUCAUAUGCUAUAUUUCGUAAUCACCAGUAA